AUGGCCCAGUCUACGCCAUCGACUGUCCAAGAGCUCGCUCGUCGAUUCAGUCGCGACACUCUCCCCUAUUCAGACCACAAGACGGCAUUUGGAAGCAAUGAUCCCGAAUCUCCACUUAACCCAUUCAGCAAGAGGUUCAAUGCACGUGCAUGGGCUACAGAAGUUGCUAAGUUGGCGGCAGACAGAGGCCAGGAGUAUCGUCGCGUUGGUCUGUGCUUUCAAGACAUUAAUGUCUUCGGCUAUAGCACCGCAACAGACUUUCAGAAGACGGUUGCAAACAUCUGGCUUGCUUUGCCAGGGAUGAUUGCUCGUCGGCUCCUGCCCAGCGUCACUACUUCGGGGCAGACGCGAGUAAACAUCUUACGAGGGCUCGAUGGCAUACUACUGCCGGGGGAAAUGUGUGUGGUGCUAGGCCCCCCUGGUUCUGGCUGCUCAACUUUUCUUCGAACCAUCUCUGGGGACCGCAAUGGCAUCCACGUUAACCAGGAAUCGUAUCUAAAUUAUCAAGGGAUCUCGGAUCGCGAGAUGCACACAGCUCACAGAGGUGAUGCGAUCUAUACGGCGGAGGUUGACGUUCAUUUUCCUAUGUUAACGGUUGGGGAGACCCUCACGUUUGCCGCUUCUGCACGCUGUCAAAGGGAACUGCCGGAUGGCGUGACUCGAAAAAGCUACUGCGAGCAUCUGCGUGACGUCGUUAUGGCCAUGUAUGGCAUCAGUCACACCGUAAACACCAAGGUUGGAGACGAAUUCGUUCGUGGGGUUUCUGGAGGCGAGCGCAAACGUGUCAGCAUUGCCGAGGCCACCCUAGCAUAUGCGCCUUUCCAGUGCUGGGACAACUCGACGCGAGGUCUAGACGCUGCCAAUGCCGUCGAGUUCUGCAGAACGCUGCGCCUGCAGUCAGAAUUAUUCGGCCAGACCUGCGCGGUGUCGAUGUAUCAGGCACCCCAAAGCGCAUACGAUCUCUUUGACAAGGCUCUAGUUCUCUACGAAGGGCGGCAGAUUUACUUCGGACCGGCUAAGCGGGCCAAGGAGUACUUCAUCGAUCUCGGCUUUGAGUGUCCAGCUCGUCAGACCACGCCAGACUUUCUCACCUCCAUGGCUUUCCCUGCAAAGCGCGUCGUUCGCGCGGGAUGCAACCCGCCUCGAACAGCAGACGAAUUUGCAGCUGCCUGGAAGAGGAGCGUGGAGUAUCAAGCACUACAGGAGAGCAUUGAGCUUUACAAGGCCCAGCAUCCAAUCGACGGCCCCGACACUGUCGCCUACAGACAGCUGAAGCGGGCUUGUCAAGCCAAGGGGCAACGUCUCAACUCGCCUUAUCUUCUCAGCUACUCCCAGCAGGUUAGGCUGUGUAUGUGGCGAGGAUGGAGACGCUUCUGGGCCGACCCUGGUCCCUCUGUGUGGGUGAUGGUUGGGAAUGUGAUAAUGGCCUUGAUCAUGUCCUCCUUGUUCUACAACCUAGACCAGACGACGGCCUCAUUCUACGGGCGGGCCGUCGUCCUCUUUAUGGCUAUUCUUUUCAAUGCAUUUUCCUCAAUUCUUGAAGUUAUGACUCUUUAUGCUCAACGACCGAUCGUCGAAAAGCAAGUCCGCUACGCUUUCUACCACGCUUCUGCCGAGUCGUAUGCUUCGGUCCUGGUCGACUUGCCCAUGAAGAUCACAGGCACGGUCUCUUUCAACCUCGUGUUUUAUUUCAUGACGAAUCUCAAUCGAACCCCCGGCAACUUCUUCUUCUACCUGUUUGUGGUUUUCUUGAACGUUCUAGCCAUGUCGGGGGUCUUCAGAUUCAUUGGCGCUGUCUCUCGAACAGAACAACAGGCAAUGGUCCCCGCGUCCAUCUUAAUGCUUGCAUUGCUAGUUUUCACCGGCUUCGUGGUCCCCAUUCGUUACAUGCUGUCAUGGUGCCGUUGGAUCAAUUACCUCAACCCUGUCGCUUACGGGUACGAAUCGCUGAUGGUCAACGAAUAUCACGCGCGGAACUUUACCUGUUCUUCAUAUAUCCCAAGUUACAACUCUGCCGGUAGCACAAGUGUUGCCUGCAAUGCGGUAGGUGCGGUGCGUGGCCAUGACUACGUGAACGGGGAUGCGUAUAUCAAUUCAGCCUACAGCUACUACCAUGAUCACAAGUGGCGCAACGUCGGGAUCAUUAUCGCCAUGGCGAUCUUCAACCACUUGGCUUACUUCCUCGCGAGUGAGUACGUCACAGCCAAGAAGUCCAAAGGUGCAGUUCUUGUCUUUCGUCGUGGGUUCGUCCCUCGAUCUCUGCGCUGGGGUAAGUCAGAUGCCGAAGCAUUGCCCUCAGGCCCCGUGACGACGUUACUUGAAAAGCCCAGCAACCACUACCGACCCAGCCACGAGCCGGCAUUCCGGGGCUCGAGAGGCGUGUUUCACUGGAGUGAUGUAUGUUAUGACAUCAAAAUCAAAGGCAAGCCCCGCCGCAUUUUGGACCAUGCGGAUGGCUGGGUGAAGCCAGGCACCUUGACAGCCCUCAUGGGCGUAUCCGGGGCUGGUAAGACCACUUUACUGGACUGUCUUGCGGACCGCCGCGCAGGGGUGGGAGAGUUGACUGGAGAGAUGUUGGUGGACGGAAGGCUGCGUGAUAAGAGCUUCCAGCGCAAGACUGGUUAUGCGCAGCAGCAAGAUAUACAUCUGGAGACGACCACAGUGCGGGAAGCCCUUACCUUUUCUGCUCUUCUUCGCCAGCCAGAGAGUGUUCCAGAAGCGGAGAAGCUUGCUUAUAUUGACGAGGUGAUUGAGCUUCUUGACAUGCAGGAAUACGCAGAUGCUGUAGUUGGCGUACCUGGGGAAGGACUAAAUGUUGAGCAACGCAAGCGUCUGACGAUUGGGGUUGAGCUCGCUGCGAAGCCACCUUUGCUCCUGUUUAUUGACGAGCCUACAUCAGGGCUGGACUCUCAGACCAGCUGGGCUAUUCUCGACCUCCUCACCAAACUCUCCAAGGCCGGUCAAUCGAUCCUUUGUACAAUUCAUCAGCCUUCUGCCAUGCUAUUCCAGCGCUUCGACCGUCUGUUGCUCCUUGCUGAAGGGGGGAAGACGGUGUAUUUUGGUGACAUUGGACCCAACUCCCAGGUCCUGGUAGACUACUUCGAGACCAACGGGGCAAAGCCUUGUCCGCACGAUGCCAAUCCAGGUGAAUGGAUGCUGGAGGCCAUUGGGGCUGCUCCUGGCAGCGAGUCGGAAGUCGAUUGGCACGAAAUCUGGCUCUCCAGCCCCGAGUACCGCAACGUUCGGGCCGAACUGGCGCGACUUCGGUCGUCCACCACGACUGACCCUUCGGUCAAUGAUGAUGAUGACUCGGCUUCGUAUCAAGAGUUCGCCGUCUCUACGUGGUAUCAGUUCGUUCUGGUCGCCCAGCGCUCCUUCAAACAGACCUGGCGCACUCCUUCGUACAUUUACUCGAAGCUCUUGCUCUGCACUGCCACCAGUCUGUUCAUUGGUCUGGUCUUCCUGGAUUCGCCGCUCAGUAUCCAAGGACUGCAGAACCAGAUGUUCGCUAUCUUUGAGCUCAUGAGCAUCGUUGGGCAAUUGGCGGAUCAACAGUUCCCACACUUCAUCGCGCAGCGUUCGCUCUACGAGGCGCGCGAGCAGCCAGCAAAAACAUACAGCUGGAAAGUAUUCAUGCUGAGCCAGAUUCUGUGCGAGACCCCCUGGUAUACACUGGCCUCAGUGCUCAUGUGGGCGCUGUUCUAUUUCCCGGUCGGGUUCUACCGUAAUGCCGACGCAGCCGGUGAGGGCACAGAAAGAGGCGCGCUGAUGUGGCUCCUCUUCUGGGUUUUCCUGCUGUGGGUGGCAACCUUUGCGCACCUGUGCAUCUCGUUCGCAGGAUCGGCCGAUGAUGGGGGCAAUAUCGCCAACUUCAUGUUCGUACUAGCCUUCUUCUUCUGUGGUGUGCUUGCAUCGCCAGACCAGAUGCCCCGGUUUUGGAUCUUCCUCUAUCGCGCCUCGCCCCUAUCAUACUACGUGUCCGCUGUGUUAUCUACCGGUCUCGCCAAUGUGAAUGUGACAUGUGCCAGUAAUGAGUUCACCGUGCUGGAUCCUCCGUCCGGCCAAACGUGUGGCGAGUACCUGGCUGAGUAUAUUUCCACGGCCGGGGGUUACCUGCUAGACACAAAUGCCACGAGCGACUGCCAGUAUUGCAAGGUCAAAGAGACCAAUAAAUACUUGGCAGCAAUUCAUUCCCGUUACAGUACUCGUUGGCGCAACUUUGGCAUCAUGUGGGUGUACGUCGCCUUCAACGUGUUAGGGGCCUUGGUUUUGUACUGGCUGGCCCGAGUGCCCAAGGCAAAGAAGGAGCAGAAGUCGAAACCACAGUGA